GGGAGGGUCCAGGCAUAGACUGAGCAAGUCUUGGAGUUCCGUCGGCACCGCACCCUUCUGUUCAACCGAACGACGCUGCUCGGACGAUUGGGCAGUGGUACCGAGUCUACCAUACACUUUGGCACCCUGUGGACACUGUCAUACACUUCCACUAGAGAACAGCAGGUUUGAAAGAUGUGUAUUUUUUGUCACCAUCAAAGGGUCAGCUGCGAGGUUUUCACUGCUUUUUUGCCACGUGUUUGGACACCACUUGGUCGCUGGCGCAGCCUUGAAUGGCUCGGCCCGUGCCGGGCGGUGUGUGCCGCCGGGCGGUCCGCUUGCUUCGAACGGUGCUCCUUUCGAGUGGUUCCGGUACCUUCGGUUGAAGAAGCCGAUUCCUUCGACUAUCCCAGUUAGGGUAGCUCAGGUGAGGGGUCCUUUUUCAGGUCACAAGCAACCUCUCUUGGCUGGUGCGGAGCCGCGCUUCCACCAAGGGACCGGAUUUCUCUCGCGGCGGCUUAAACGCGCGCAACAUGCGGAUUCCAGUGAGACAGCUGAGUGGCGAAGAGAAGAUCUUGGAAGUGGAAGCAGAGCUGACAAUCAGGGAGCUGAAAGAACGUCUUCUGCGAGAUCUGCAAGUGGAGAGGUCUCUGGACCCACUGAGUGCCAUGUUGAGUGAGGUGGACCUGCUGAUGGCUGGUGAGAAACUGGAGAAUCUGGAUGAGACGCUGGAGAAUCUGGCAGCGACCAGGGACCUUUCGACUUCGUGUGGUCUGGACAUGUGUUUCUAUUUGAGUCCACCCAUCGAGACCGCAAGCCUUCUAGAAUCGGGUUUGGCAGUGGAAGACUUGCGGGCGGUCCAGGUACCAAGUGGAGUUGAACGUUUGGACCCCCAUGCCUUUGCCAGAUGCCGCUCUUUGGUCACUGUGAGUCUUCCUGACGUGCAGGUCCUCAAAGUGGCUGCAUUUUCGGGUUGCAGCUCCUUACUCAGCGUGAGCAUCCCAUCAGUGAUCAUCAUCGGACCCCAGGCUUUUAAGGAGUGCACCUCACUGACGACGAUCACGCUUGGGGCCGCCACAACCAUUGGCAACCAAGCAUUUAAAAACUGUAGCGCUCUGACCAGGAUCGAUUUACCGGACUCUGUGACAUACUUGUGGGAAGAGGCCUUCAUGGGCUGCAAGUCCUUGUCCAACGUGACCCUUUCGACGUCUCUCCAAGUCAUCAAUGCCUUCACGUUUCGUGCAUGUCGCUUGCUGCCCGCGAUCUACAUCCCUCCAUCUGUGCAAAAGAUCAACUACGGUGCCUUUUGCGAUUGCAGUGCUUUGAGAGAUUUAAGCAUUCCCGACUCUGUGAAGCAAAUUGGACCCAGUUGCUUCAGAGGCUGUGCCUCUCUGAGUCAAGUGACCCUUUCACAUGGAACUUCACUGGAAAUAGAUGCCUUCGAUCCCUGCGUACACGUACUGCAUGGAGCGAUGCCAAGGGCGAGCCCUGCCGAAGCCUGUGAGUCGAGAACUCAGUUCAGGACAGGUUCCAGUUGAAACUGAAGGGCUUCAUACUUUCUUUGGCCAAAGAAAGUUGAAACGGAACGUGGGAUCUGAAGGAACGCGACCGGAACGCGACCGAUCACGGCACCGACGUCUGAAGAUGCGAUGGAAGAUGUGGGAUGUGGCAUGGGAGAUGGGUCCGAAGGGACUCCGUGUCCUCAGAGAAAUCAUGGGGAAACCACGCAUGGUUGUUCAUGGAUGAUGAUUCAGAUGAGUAUGCCAACAACUGGUCUUUUCCAAGCGGUAUUGCGAUUGGUGUCCACUUGAAGUCAUGACAGUUGGGUGUUUCCAGACCCACUUCUCGAGCGAAAGAGCUUCGUUGAGCGUCGGUGCCUAAGAGCGGCGACCACCUGGGACUUCGCCAAGUCGUCGCAGAAAA